AUGGUCUGGAGGAGCGAAAUCGAUCUGGUCGAUGCCUUUCCCUACUACUGGCCAUCAGGAAAACUUCUGUCGAUGACGGACCGACUGAACUCUUGUAUCCCAGCCCUGGCCAGCAACCGGAUGGUAUCAAGCAAGAUUCAUCCGUGCCUGUCGAUAUGGGCGUCGACAAUGGAUUCAAGCCCCGACACUACAACAGCACCCGAUCUGUACUGGAGCUAUGGCGUUCAACACCAGAUCGACAAUGCUGGCGGUCAGUUUGACGAUUCCGAGCGGCUUACCCAAUUCAAGCUGCUACUUGACGAGAGAGAGUCCACGAGAGAAUAA